AUGUCGCCACAGGACUCAACCACAAGCCUCAAAUAACCUACCUAGUUUCCAUCAUCGUAUCUGUCACUUCCAAAUAUACACAUUUUCUAUUUUGUUCAUAGAACUUUAAUUUCAGAAUCAUUAGAUGGUGCUGACGAUGAUGGCGGCGAUCGGCAUCGGCAUCAAGCAAGAGAAGAAGAUGCCAACGGUGGUGGCGGAGAGCGAGCUGAAGAAGCGGAACGAGGAGCUGGAGAAGGAGCUCAGAGAGAGCAAGGAGAGGGAGGAGCAGAUGAAGCGCGAACUCCAGAGCGCGUGGGAGAGGCUGCGCGUGGCCGAGGAGGCCGAGGAGAGGCUCUGCUCCCAGCUCGGGGAGCUCGAAGCAGAGGCAGUUUACCAGGCGCGUGACUACCACGCGCGAAUCGUCUCUCUCAUGGACCAGCUCUCACGCGCUCAGAGCCUCCUCCUCAAGACUAGCGCCUCCUCCAUUUCGCUUCCUUCCUCCUCCUAAAUCAUAAACAUAUAUAUAUAAAAAAAAAUUGUAAUAAAUUUUUGCAUUUUCUGGUCAAAGUCAUUGUGAUUCUUAGAUGUAUAUGAUGAUGAUGAUCCAUAUCGCCGUGGAUCGAAUCUGUUAAAAUUUUGGUGGAUGAUUGAGAAUAGAAGUUUGAUUGGUUUAGAGUUUUGAGGCUUUAA